GUCUUCGUUAUACGAUUCGAAUUUUUCAUUUUUUAAAUACUGACGAACUUUCACUGACACUAACGUACUUUUGAAUUAUUGUAGCAGCUUUCACGCAUUUUCUUUACGAAUGCCCAAAAAUUUGAAUACACAUAAUAAAGUAGCAGCAGUAAUCUUCAUUUUAUUGGAAUAUAUAUAAUUAAAACAAAACGAAAAAUUUUGAGAUAUAACCACGAUCCACAAACUGGCAAUUCAACAGAUUCUAGAAAUUCAAGGAAUUCAACAAAGUCAUAUAAGAUAUUGAGUUAUAACAUUGAAGUACCGUGAAAUUCAAGGAAUUCAAGAAAAUCAAGCAAUUCAAGAGAUUCAAGAAAGCCAAGGAAUUCUAGGAAUUCAAGGAAUUCAACAAAGUCAUAUAAGAUAUUGAGUUAUAACAUUGAACCACCAUGAAAUUCAAGGAAUUCAAGAAAAUCAAACAAUUCAAGAGAUUCAAGAAAGCCAAGGAAUUCUAGGAAUUCAAGGAAUUCAACAAAGUCACAUAAGAUAUUGAGUUAUAACCUUGAAGUACCGUGAAAUUCAAGGAAUUCAAGACGACCUAGCAGUUGAAGAAAGUCAAGGAAUUCUAGGAAUUCAACAAAGUCAUAUAACAUAUUGAGUUAUAACCUUGAGCUACCAUGCAGUUCAAGGAAUUCAAGAAAAUCAAAGUAUUCAAGAGAUUCAAGAAAGUCAGGGAAUUCAACAAAGUCAUAUAAGAUAUUCAGUUAUAACCUUGAACUACCAUGAAAUUCAAGGAAUUCAAGAAAAUCAAGCAAUUCAAGAGAUUCAAGAAAGUCAAGCAAUUCAAGGAAUUCAACAAAGUCAUAUAAGAUAUUGAGUUAUAACCUUGAAGUACCGUGAAAUUCAAGGAAUUCAAGAAGAUCUAGCAGUUGAAGAAAGUCAAGGAAUUCAACAAAGUCAUAUAAGAUGUUCAGUUGUAAACUUGAACUACCAUGAAAUUCGAGGAAUUCAAGAAGAUCAAGCAAUUCAAGACAUUCAAGGAAUUCAAGGAAUUCAACAAAGCCAUUUAAGACAUUGA